ACCAGUACUACAACUUAUCCACCUACUACAACAGAAACCAGUACUACAACUUAUCCACCUACUACAACACAAACCAGUACUACAACUUAUCCACCUACUACAACAGAAACCAGUAGUACAACUUAUCCACCUACUACAACAGAAACCAGUACUACAACUUAUCCACCUACUACAACAGAAACCAGUACUACAACUUAUCCACCUACUACAACACAAACCAGUACUACAACUUAUCCACCUACUACAACAGAAACCAGUACUACAACCUAUCCACCUACUACAACACAAACUAGUACUACAACUAAUCCUCCUACUACAACACAAACUAGUACUACUACACCUAAACCUUCUACUGCCAUGCAGGACAGUACAAAGUCUCCUACUACCACUUCUAUAUAUGUCAGAGGAUGUGCAAGCAAUCCAUGUCGAAAUAAUGGAACGUGCGUGGAUGGCAUUCUAAGCCGCUACUUUUGCCAUUGUCCAAAAAAGUACUUUGGACGCAACUGUAACGAAGAAUUCAGUAAGUUUAGCUCUUCUUUGAAGUAUAUAAUGGUUAUAGUUCCUUUCCAUAUACACGACUUUCACAAUUCUUGGUGUGCAACCCCCAAAGUGAAAAUUUAUUAGUCGUUAUUUUCAAAAACCAAGUAGCGAGUCACAAAGAGCAUAGUCAG